AUGGCUGCCCAACAGAACGGAAGUACUCCUCAACCCAAGAACGCGGGCAAUGCCAGGCAAAAUAUCCAAAAGGAGGCGGGCAUCUCGGACAAGCAAGCAAAUGAAAGGUUGCUUUUCAUACUUGGCGCAGCUGUCGGCUUGAACGUCGUGGUCACGGCAAAGUCUGGAGAGAAGUAUGAAGGACUAUUGUCUGGAAGAGAUAUUAAUGGUCCUUCCUUCAAAUUGACUCUGAAGAUGGUCAAGAAGAUGCAGUCGGCACAGGUCAACGGCACCACGUCUCGGGAAGCGGCCUUUGUUGGCACGAGUCCUGAGCACGCGAUGAGCUUUGACCUGAAGGACAUUGCCGAUUUUCAAAUCUCCGACUUCGUUUUUACCGAGUCGUCCAAGCUCGCCAACGGCUCUUCUACCUCUUUCCAAACCGACGCUGAUAUUUCUGGAAACCAAAACCGCGGAGAACGCACUCUUCAGAAAUGGGUACCGGAAGGUCCCGAUAGUACUGAGCUCUCCCUGGACUCAGGCGGAGCAGGCACCUGGGAUCAGUUCGCAACAAACAGUCAACUUUUUGGCGCUCAAAGCACAUACGACGAGAAUCUUUACACCACGGCUAUUGAUAGGAAUGCCCCUUCGUACAAGCGAAGAGAGGCCGAGGCUGCGCGCAUUGCGAGAGAAAUCGAAGGACAGACUUCUGCAAAUUCCCAUGUACGUGAGGAACGCGGCCAAGCUGUUGAACACGAUGGUGAAGACGAGGAGGACAAGUACAGCGGUGUUCGCCGUGAUGAGCGUUCCUUCCACCCAUUGCCUGUUGGAGGUCCGAACAAGUAUACACCACCAGCCAGGCGUGCUCCAACUGGUCAGGCCACUGUUCCCGGAGUGCCCGUGGAUCCUGCCAUUAUUACUGCGCAGAUGGCCCCACCAAAGCCGAGGCAGAGCAACAAGCCUCCAGGGGACGUUGAAAAGUCUCCCAAUCUGCCUGCUGAGAAUGCCACACCUGUACAACAAGGCGGCUCUACUGCAUCAAUCUCUCCGUCACCAUCUAAAGAGACACUGGCACCUUCCACAGAGGCCGACACAGAGCCCGAUUCUACUAGAGGAGAUUUGAACACCAAAACUUCUGCUCAAGGUCCAACCGAAAAUGUCGAGGUCAAAGUCCUCAAUCAAUUCCGGCAGUUUGCAGAUAUUGAAAAACAGAGGGUCAUUGAACGCAGAAAGGCUCAAGCUACUCAAGAUCGAAGCGCGAAGCUCAACGAACUGAUGCGUUUCUCCAAGACUUUCAAAUUGAAAACACCCAUCCCUUCCGACCUCAUCGGAAUCCUUGCGAAGGACCCUGUCAAACAAGAAGCGAUUGUGGAAAGAGCCCAAAAGGAGCAUACCGACUCGGUCGUUCCUACGAUGAACACUACACCAGCACCAGCUGUCACUGCCAACACUCGCAAGCCUGAUGCUCCUCAGUCACAGGCUACGAUCCCGGACAGGCAAACCUACAAUCGUGGUCGUGGUGGAUACCCACCCAAUGGUCGUCCUGAUCGUAAUGGCAGUCAGCAACAGCCUCAGCCUCCACUCUUCCCAUCUCGGAAUGGCAGCGGAGCCUACCAAAACCGCUUCUCUCAUCAGCCACCAGGCAAAGGCGUUCAGCCCCAUCAAAUCCCGGCACCCAUUCCCAUUAUUGAUGGACGUAUCCCACCCGCUGGGCCCAUGGCAGAUCAGAGUGGCCUGAGCAGCCCACAACGUUCAAAUAUGCACACUCCUGCUUCGACAAUCUCGGGAAAAUUCAAUCUCAACGUAAAAGCUUCAGAAUUUCGUCCAAAUGCAGCUGCAACUACCUUCAAUCCUACAGGCUCCCAACCUCCAUCUAGUCCGGGCUCCGUUCAACGAGGAGCUUCGAUCUCCAGAACUGCAUCCCCCUCGGCACUUUUUGGCAAUCGCAAACCGAAGCCCUCGUCUGAGAGAAUGUCCAUCGCGAAAGACUUCAACCCCAUUACUCGCAUGAAAAAGGAGCUCGCAGCCUCGAAUCCGGAUGAACCAUCAAAGGACUACAGCAACAACGGUGGCAUUCCGAAUGCUUUCCAGACCGUACCAAGAUGGACUGUCAAGGAUGAAAAUGCUGAAAAGACAUAUGAAGAAGCCUUUGAUCGACCCGUGGCUCCCGUAUUGUCUCCUUCACAGAGUCGCUCUGCAUCUAGCCAACAUGUGCAUUACCCUGGCCAAGGUGUUAAUCUCCCCAAUGGUCCAGCAGUGAUUCCACAUAUUUCGACACCUCAGCAUAACCAACAUGGACUUGCACACCAAUACCCCCAUCAAUACGAUGACGGUACACACCGGAUGCAAUUUGGAAAUGCAGCACCCAAUAUGUACCCCUCUCCAAACAUGGCUUCUCGACAGGCGUCGGCUUAUGCUUCGCCUAUGAAUCACCCUGCUCAGCUGGCAUAUCAACAACAGCAACAACAGCAGCCAUAUUUCGGAACACCUGGAGCCCAGAUUCCUGCUGGAAUGAGAGCAUAUCCUGGAACACCCGGUAUGAUGCAUGCUCAACCCGGACAGAUGUCGGCUCCCAUGAUGGUACAACAGCAGUCUAAUGGACCGUAUAUGGCUGUGCCAUCACAGUUUGGUCAUCAGGUGCCCAUGUACUCGCCUAGCCCUGCUCAUGUCUAUCCACAGCAGAACGGGUACUCCAGCCCACAGCGGAUGGCUCCAAUUAUGAUGCAUCAAGGUUCACAACAGGGACAUGUUCAGGCGCCAAGUAUGAUGUACAGCAUGUCAGGUCAGGGAGCACCCAUGGGAUAUCCACAACAGCAAGUGGGCAUGGCUCGAGGAAACUAUGGCGGACAUCAAUACGGUAAUGCAUCUGGCUAUGCUAUGCAGCAUCGAGCCAUGAGCAGUGGAUAUCCUCAGAUCCCACAGAAAGGAUAUGGACAGCACAUGCAAGGUAAUCAUGGUCCAAACAUGAAUGGACCACCCCAAGGCCCAGCCUACACUCAAAUCGAGGCCGCUCAGGACGAGGGAAAGUGA